AGGUGUUUUUGCUCGUCUCUGUGAGGGAGAGAUAAACUGUAGACUCUCUAUUUCUGUAAGCAAAGAGGCACAAAUUACAGGACACCCACUGAUGCAGGUGCGCUUGUUCACGUCUUGUGAAAAGCUGCAGAGAGAGAGCGAACCGCCAUGAGUCUGCUGUGAUAAUGGACUGCAGCCGGAGAGACAGAAACAGAAAUCAAACAUGUGGUAACUACAACAGCGCGGUGGAGGAGUCUGAGUACGACGUGGUGGAUGACCAGGAGGAAGUGCUAAAUGUGCGCAUACUUCCUGCCCGGCCUAUACAUGGAGAGAGAGAGUAUGCAGACAGGGAUCUUCCAAGGUCUUCAUCAGCUCAGAGCCUGUCUUCACUCUCCUCUGGGAACUCUAAUACCCUCCCCAGAGAAAUCCCAUACAAUCCCACUUCAGGGCCGGCCAUAAAUAGAGACCUGAAACCUGGCAGGAAAAAAACAACCAAAUUAGCUAAAAGGCUCCAACCUCCCGCAGGAGAGCAGCACUCAUUGAGGAGCUCUUCAACCCCUCCACCGUUUGCCUCAGAGUUAGCAAGCCGCUUGUCUGGUCUAACCCUCCAUGAGCCCUGCAGGAGAGAUGGUCAGAGAGCAGCAAAAAAAGCAGAAUGCAGUCCAAAGUCUCGAGGUAUAGAGAGAGCUGACAGAUCUUCUAUCCAACAUGCCAAUCAAAGACACUCUUUGGAUUUGGAGACUCAUGAUGAAGAAAAAAGGUCACAACAAAAUCUGGAAAGGGUGGCAUCAAAACGUCAUCACCAUGAGUGGCCUCAAACCAAAGAGGACUUUGACCAACAUGACUUUGUUCCAAAGGGAAAACCUCAGCAGACUUAUUGUGAAGAAGACUGGUACAUUGGGCCUUGUAAUCGGACAGAUGCUGAACACGCCUUACACCUGGUGAACAGAGAUGGUGCUUUUUUGGUACGAGACUGCUCCAUCAACACCAACAGUGAACCUUUGGUUUUGGCUGUGUAUCACGACAAAAAGGUCUAUAACGUGAAAAUUCGAUUCAUUGAGAGCAGUUGCAAGUAUGCCCUGGGGACAGCACAAAGAUCGAAUGAUAUGUUCGACUCGGUGGCAGACAUCAUAAAGUUCCACUCCAUUUUCCCCAUAACCCUGAUCAGUGGGAGGAAUAUGCCUGGGAGCAGAUACCCAGAAAACUGUGUGCUGACAUGUCCAGUUACAAAAUGGGAUGUUGAGCAGCUGUUGCUGCAUUAACACAUGGACCAUGUCAACGACACCCUGCUGAAAACAAUCUGUCUGGUCACAGCAUUAUACGUAACUUAGUCUCCCAAAUCUAUCACUCUGCUCAUUAUGAGUGUCUGUUGAUUCAAAUUGAUCAUACUUUCAUUACCUAGUUGUGUGUAUCUUUGAUAAAGUGACAAUAUUUGAUUA